AUGUUAGAAUCCGAGGUACGACGAUGGAACGACCACACCCCUGUUGACAAAGAUGAAUACGUGGAAGGCAUGAUUGUGAACUUCCCUCAUGUGGUCCUUUGCGAAGAGAAAGACCCCAACGCUGUCUCGACGCAGUUCGGCUGGUUCUGUUUCAAGACCAGAUACGGUAUCGUCAUCGACAACACUACCGAACUUGAGGUUCUGAAGCUCGGCACUGCAGGAGGCAGCGGACCAUUACCGAAGCCUGUAGAAGUCCGCGUGGAUUGCUUCGGGCUCAAGAAAGCAGAAGAUGCAGGUUACUACUGCUGGGACGAGCGCAAGGGAAAAGAGGUCGCCUAUGUCCCGGAAAAGGGCGUCUACGACAUAGAAGCGAGUUGCCCAUACCAACCCAAGACGGGCGCCUUUGGAAAUGUCUUGGAUGCUAUCCCCCUCCCGUACGAUUCCCGCAUUCAAGUAUGCGGAAUGAUUGAGGAACACGUCCUCAACGCGAUUCUGAAGAAGCGCAAUCGAAGACUUCUACAGAAACAAAGCACGAGCACCCCCAAGGACAUGUGGAUCGAAGAAUUGGAGGCACGCCUGGACAAAGAUAAGCACACUCACCAAGAUGCAGACGACAAGGCCCGCCCGGAGCAGACGAAGCAGGAUCAGCAGCCCAGUCAAAAUCGCCAACAGGGUGCUCAGCUCCAGGUAUGUCUUCGAGUGUUAGGUAGUUCUCGAGGCCAAAGCUGA